AUGACCAACUCGAGUUAUAUUGUAGUAGAGUAUGCUCAACUCUACCGUGAUAAUUCCUCAUUGAACAACGCCAAUUCCUUCGGAACUUUUCACAUCCUUUCCGGUCGACCUCAAGGCCGAGGAGAGUGUGUGUGUCUACGUAUGACUCUCAUCCCCUACACCUCCCUCCACUUGGAAAGCGAUAAUGAGCUGUCGCCAGCGGGUUGCUUUCAUUGGUUAUUGUCAAAAUCCGAACUGUAUUGGAUCCCAGCCAACAGGAAUUGUCCUCAACGAACCUCCGAUUUUUAUUCUUUCUACUUUCUUCGAGAUUUAAUUACGUCAGCUCUGGUUAGCUGUUUCCAAAGACUCUUCAGCUAUUUUAUUUUACCGGCUAUGCCCGUUGAUGAAGACGAGUACGAACCGGAGAAUUAUAAAGAGUUGAAUCACAAUUAA